AUGCUCGUCGCCGGUGAACACCUCCGGCCGCCCUUUGAACUAACCACGCGUCAGGCAAUGGCUCGCAGGCUCCUCGCCGGCGAGAGGAUAACUAACUGGGGCGGUGCGGCAGGGCGGUGGUCCGCCGCCAGUGGUGGUCCGCCGCCGAGAAUCGACGCCGACGAGAAUGGGGCGGCGCGGAGGAGUUAUGCGAGAGGAAUUCGGCGAGACUUCUUGUCCACAACCUACUCGUCGAUCACUGCACCCCCAUCGGCGUUCAUCCAUCGGUCACGACAUCAACUCUCCUCUAUUCGGCCGCGCCAGAAGACAUUUCGACGACGUGGAACACGCCGGAGCUCUCUGGCGGCGUAUGGCCGCACCAGGCUGCGGCUUUGA